CCGCUCGGCUCCGCUCCGCCCGGCCCGGCCCCGCUCGGCCCCGCUCCCUCCGGGCUGACGCAAGGCCGGGCCCGCCGGGGAGGCCGCGCCGGGCUGUCACCAGGGGGCACCGCCGCGAUCGCCGAGCACCGGGAAUCACCAUCCUGGAGGGACAACAACAACAACAACAACAGAGAGCCCCGGCCCGCGGCGCCGGCGGGCGGCGGGACCCGGCCAUGGCCCCCGGCUCCGGGCAGCGCGUCCCUGUCCUCCGGCACCGCUCGCCUGCCCCUCAGGAGCCCUAAAUCCACUACCGCGGUUUUUUAGCGUUAUUUUUUUUAUUUUUUUUUUAUUAUUCCGUUUUUUCCACUCUCUCCCCUCUCCCCCCCGCGUCCCCCCCUCGCGCCCCGGCCCCGCCGUGCCCGCACUCGCCGCGCUCCGCUCGGCCGGGCGGGCGGGCGCCGUGAGCGGAGCGGAUCGGCGCGAACAUGGCGACGGUGCCCGUCUAUUGCAUCUGCCGGCUGCCCUACGACGUGACCCGCUUCAUGAUCGAGUGCGACGCCUGCAAGGACUGGUUCCACGGCAGUUGUGUCGGUGUGGAAGAGGAAGAGGCACCAGAUAUCGACAUCUAUCAUUGCCCGAAUUGUGAGAAAACCCACGGAAAGUCGACCUUGAAAAAGAAAAGAAAUUGGCAUAAGCAUGAUACUGGCCAGACAACAGAGGUGAAGCCUGUGCAGAAUGGGAGCCAGGUCUUUAUAAAAGAGCUCCGAAGUCGGACGUUUCCCAGCGCUGAAGAUAUUGUGGUGAAGGUCCCAGGCAGCCAGCUAACACCAGAGUAUUUGGAAGAGAAUGGCUUUGCAGAGCCCAUCCUGGUGCCCAAGAAGGACGGGCUGGGCCUGGCUGUGCCCGCUCCCACCUUCUACGUCAGCGACGUCGAAAACUACGUCGGCCCGGAGCGGAGUGUUGAUGUCACUGAUGUCACCAAGCAGAAGGACUGCAAGAUGAAGCUCAAGGAAUUUGUGGAUUACUAUUACAGCACAAACAGGAAAAGAGUCCUUAAUGUCAUCAACCUGGAGUUCUCUGACACCAGGAUGUCCAGUUUUGUAGAGCCUCCUGACAUUGUAAAGAAGCUGUCCUGGGUGGAAAACUAUUGGCCUGAUGAUGCUCUGCUGGCCAAACCCAAAGUGACCAAGUACUGCCUGAUCUGUGUGAAGGACAGUUACACCGACUUCCACAUAGACUCUGGCGGAGCCUCUGCCUGGUACCACGUGCUCAAGGGAGAAAAGAUAUUUUAUCUCAUCAAACCAGCCCCUGCAAAUAUUUCUCUGUAUGAACGCUGGCAGUCAGCAGCAAACCACAGUGAGAUGUUUUUUGCAGACCAAGUGGAUAAAUGUUACAAAUGCACCGUUAAACAAGGCCAGACACUCUUCAUCCCAUCAGGUUGGAUUUAUGCAACUCUAACACCUGUAGACUGCCUGGCCUUCGCAGGACAUUUUCUACACAGUCUAAGCGUUGAAAUGCAGAUGAGGGCAUAUGAAGUAGAAAGACGGUUGAAAAUUGUCAGUCUGACCCAGUUUCCAAACUUUGAAACAGCGUGUUGGUACAUGGGGAGGCAUCUACUAGAGAAAUUCAAAGGUUUGCAUAAAGCUGGACAGCAACCUCCUGCUCAUCUACUCCAAGGAGCAAAGAUUCUCAACGGUGCUUUCAGGUCAUGGACUAAAAAACAGGCUUUAGCAGAGCAUGAAGAUGAACUACCAGAAAACUUCAAACCAGCACAACUCAUCAAGGACCUUGCCAAAGAAAUAAGAUUAAGUGAGAACGCUUCGAAAGCCAGCAAAGCAGACGUGAGUGCCAACACCACCACCGAGGAGACCUGUCCUGUGGAGAAGGAGGAGGCACCUUCACCUGUCCAAGUGACGCCUCCGCCCCCUCCCGCAGAAAAGCUCCCUAAAAAAAAGACUCCCAAAACUGUGAAAACCCCCAAACAACUCAAGCCAUCCAAACCCCCCAAACCUCCCAAGCCCCCCAAGCCCCCCAAGCCUCCCAAAACACCGAAAGUGAAGGGAGAAGGCAAAAAGAAAGGAAAGAAGGCAAAGGAGAGUCCCCCACCAGCCAUCCCCAACCUCGACUUGCUGGAGGCACACACCAAGGAGGCUCUGACCAAGAUCGAGACGCCAAAGAAGGGGAAGGCUGCAAAGAAUGUUCUAAGUGUUCCCAAUAAGGAAUCUGCAAGCAAGCAGAAUGAGGUGGAGAAAUUUGAAGUCCGAGAGCAAAAUAAAAGCAAAACAGAAGCCAAAUGGAAAUAUAAGAACAGCAAACCUGAUUCACUUCUAAAAAUGGAAGAGGAACACAAAUCAGAAAAGACACCUUUAUCAGGAAAUAAGGACAACAAAUUUACAUUCUCUUUCUCUAAUAAGAAGUUGCUUGGUUCAAAGGGAGUCAAAACCCAGCUGAAUACUAGUGUGUUUGGGUCACUGCAGAAUUUUAAGGAAGACAAAGCCAAACCUGUACGGGAUGAAUAUGAAUAUGUGUCAGAUGAUGGUGAACUAAAAAUUGAUGAGUUUCCAAUCAGAAGGAAGAAAAACACUUCAAAAAGAGAACUGCCCUUUUUAUCAGAUAAAAAAGACACCCUGCAGCACACUCCUGUUAAGAAGCCAAAGGUGGAGUCGGUACCAUACAAGAGCGAGGACUCGUCAGAUGAAGAUUUGCUUCACAUUGACACCGAGGCAAAGCCGGGACGUAAUUCCAAAGUAAAGAAAGAGAGUGGGAGUUCAGCAGGAAUUCUUGAUCUUUUGCAGGCAAGCAAGGAAGUUGGGGGUUUAGAGUAUAACACCAACAGCCAGCCACCUGCUUCCCCCAGCACCCAGGAAGCCAUCCAGGGCAUGCUCUCCAUGGCAAACCUCCAGGCCUCGGAGUCCUGCCUUCAGACGUCGUGGGGCACCAACCAGGCGAAGAACAACUCCAUCUCCACGCAAAACUCCAAAAAAACAGGCGGCGGCGGCAACAAAAACGCCGGGAAGCGGUUACUGAAGAAAAGCACAAAGAACAGCAUCGACAUCGAGGAUUACGACGAGGACCAGGACCACUUGGACGCCUGCUUUAAGGACUCGGAUUACGUUUACCCUUCUCUCGAAUCAGAUGAAGAUAAUCCAGUUUUCAAAUCCCGAUCAAAGAAAAGGAAAAGUUCAGAUGAUGCCCCUUACAGUCCAACGGCACGAGUUGGCCCCUCAGUGCCUCGACAGGACAGGCCGGUGCGAGAGGGCACGAGAGUCGCCUCCAUCGAAACCGGGCUCGCCGCUGCCGCCGCCAAGUUGUCACAGCAGGAGGAACAAAAAGGCAAGAAGAAAAAAAAUACCAAAAAGAAGCUGUCAGCCCCCAACGCAAGCAAAGCGGCUCAGGAAGGCAGCUCGCCCGAGCCGAAGCUGGAGUCACAGGCCAGCAGCCUCACAGAUCACGAGUACACCGCAGGGGCCAGCACCUUUGGGGUCGCCCAGCCUAACAGGGGAUCGCAGCCGAUGGCACCCGGUGUUUUCCUCACACAGAGGAGACCCUCUUCAUCCUCGCAGAACAAUGCCUCCGCCAAAGGGCCUUCACAUGCCGUGUGUGCCGUGGGGAUGCAGAAGUGCAGACGUUUGGAUGCAGGGAAGCGCACGAAGAAGGGGAUGGCCACGGCCAAGCAGCGGCUCGGCAAGAUCCUGAAGAUCCACCGGAAUGGGAAGCUGCUGCUCUAGUGGCUCUGGGGACACUGCCACCCAGCUCUGGGCCCCCACCACAAUAAUCCCUUUAACUUUCAGCGGUCGGACUGUACAGAAUCCUGCUAUAAAUAUUUUUUAAUAUAGAUGUCCUUUCUCAGAGUGCUGAGAGCGACUAGCCGCAAAAAGUUAAUACUAAUCUCGGCCACCGAGGAGUGUGUCGGUCCCCCCGCUCCGGCACCGGCACCGACCCGGCUCCGGGCCUUGGGCCCCCUUCCCGCCCGGCUCCGAGCAGAGCGGGCGGCCGUGGCCGGUGUGGCGGCAGAGUCGGGAGAGCGGGAAGGGGCCGCAAGGCCUCGUGGCGGGCGGGGACCGCGGGGCCGAGGCGCCGGGCUGGGAGGCGGCGGGCGCGUUUCUCAGGCACCCCUCUGCCACCCCGCCGCGUUCCCGGGCCCCCCUUUUCCUAGAAUGUAGCUUGUACAUAGCUUUUGGAAUAACCACCGCCGGGUUUUUAUACGGGGAGGGUCUCUCCGGGCGCCGCCCGCCGGUACCAGCUCUUUGCGUAACUUCUUGUACGAGGAGGGAGACAGUUAUUUUACUAGCACCUUGUGGAGUGUUUCCGUGUUUUGUGACGAUGUAAUUUAUUAAUGUUUGUAGCUUUUUAUAUUUGUACAUUUCUUAUGGGCUUUGUUUAUAUACACACAUUACCGGGGCGCGGCGCCUGCGGGGAACCAGAGCCACCCGCCGCCGUGGCACAGGGCCACCGGGGCCACCGCCAGGGCCACCGGGGCCACCGCCAGGGCCACCAGGGCCGCGCCGGCCUAGGCGUCGCGCCGGCUUUUUUUAUUAUGAUUAUGAUUAUUAUUAUUAGUAUUAUUAUUUUUUCGCGACAUGUACAUUUCUAACAAAGUUUAUCGUGGCUAUCUAUCUAUGACGGUGUUUUAUUUACCGAUUCAUAUCAAAUGCUCUUGUAUCGACUUCACGAAAAUCUUAAGUAAACCUAGAGCAAAGUUUAAAAAAAGAAGGAAAAAAAAGAAAAAAAAAAAAAAAGAAAGCAAAGUAAAACUAUUUCAGGUUUUGUACACAA